GCCGCGGGCGUGGGCACGCGAGGCUGCAGGAUCCGGGAGGGCAAGCGGGCGCCGCACCUGCGUGGCCGGGAGCAGAAGCUGUGUGGUACAGAUGAGUGAGCCCUGCAUGGAGAAAUCACUCUUCACAAAUCUGGACAGGGCUUUCUAUUUUACAAGAUGUAUCCACAGCUGUUAUUUCAUCUCAUUCUUCCUCCUGCAUGGGACCUCCCACAGCCUCAGUUUUCUCGUCUGUAAAAUCAAGGUAUCAAGUCUUCCUCCCAGAGAUAUCCUGAGAGUUAGAGCACUUCAUCAUGGGAACAUGCUGUGUUCUGCCAUUCUGCUGUUGAUGGACCUGUGGGUUGUUUCGAGAUGUUUGCUAUUACAGGCAGUGCUGCUACGACCGUCCUCAUUCCUGUCUUCUGAUGUCACCAAGGGCCGGAGGGCCCCCAGGCCUUGCACUGAAAUCACGUUACUGGAAUGCCUGGAAGCCAAGGAGUGACCGCGUGGGUUUGCAGGGCAAGCUCACCAGCCGCCUGCGGGAAAUGACGACACCUCUCUCACCCAGACUGUCUGAAGGGAAGAGAAUUCCAAACAUCCAACCUGUGUUCACAUUUUCUGUGUGAACCGAAGUGGGAGGAGAACUUCAGCUGGAGGCUUUUGAGAGCUCCUGAACAUGUGCCCCGCAGUGGUCUGUUUGUUUUGCCUUCUCCCAGCUCAUGCAUUCUUCAAGUCUUGGUAACCGGAAUGUUUUGUCUGUUCCGCUCAAAACCAUCAGUGGGACAGGAACCAAAGUCCCUCAAGCAGCAUCAGGGUGAACCUGGGAAGACUGAGCUGCUGACUGCACUGCUUCUCUGAAUUGGCUGUGACUUCCUUUUGUCUCUAGUUUUAAAAGCUCCUCAGAGGCAAGCUGAAAUCCAGAAUCUUCUCAAUUAGGAUGGGGGAAAUUCUGAAGUUCUCAUAAAACGCACGGAUGUCUCAAGCUUUGAAAAGAGUCCAGAUGCUACAGGCAAGAAUCCCAGAGUAUUGCCCACACUGGUAUGAUGUCCUGAUAAUUGUCUAACCAAUUCAGCAUGUGUCCCCUGGGUGUGACUAUCUGCUGGGCAAAGUUCCAGAACCAGGGGACAGCUUCAGAUUCACGUGGUGUCGGAAAGACCUGUAACUACCAGCAGGUAGUUAUCUCUGUGCUCUUCAAAUAGGCAGAUCUUGAGGUCUUUUCACCAUGGCCUGCUCUGAUGUAUGGCUGCCACCAGUGUGACGCAGAAGGAGGACCUUGCCCUGUAGGCAGGGCCACCUCGAAAGCAGGGGCUGAGUGUGUGGAAGUCUGCAGGAAGAGAGAGCCACCUAGCAUGUCCCCACCGAACCAGUCAGCAGAAGGCCUUCCCCAGGAGGCUUCCAACAGAUCCCUGAAUGCCACAGAAAGCCCCGGGGCUUGGGAUCCCGGGACCCUGCAGGCACUCAAGAUCUCCCUUGCCGUGGUCCUUUCCAUCAUCACACUGGCCACAGUCCUCUCCAACGCCUUUGUGCUCACCACCAUCCUACUCACCAGGAAGCUCCACACGCCCGCCAACUAUCUCAUCGGCUCGCUGGCCACCACCGACCUCUUGGUUUCCAUCUUGGUCAUGCCCAUCAGCAUCGCUUACACUACCACUCACACCUGGAACUUUGGCCAAAUCCUGUGCGACAUCUGGCUGUCCUCUGACAUCACGUGCUGCACAGCCUCCAUCCUGCACCUCUGUGUCAUUGCUCUGGACAGGUACUGGGCCAUCACUGACGCCCUGGAGUACAGCAAGCGCCGGACGGCCUGCCACGCGGCCACCAUGGUCGCCGUCGUCUGGGCCAUCUCCAUCUGCAUCUCCAUCCCGCCGCUCUUCUGGCGACAGGCCAAAGCCCAGGAGGAGAUGUCGGACUGCCUGGUGAACACUUCUCAGAUCUCCUACACCAUCUACUCCACCUGCGGGGCCUUCUACAUCCCGUCCGUGUUGCUCAUCAUCCUAUACGGCCGGAUCUACAGGGCCGCCCGGAGCCGCAUCCUGAACCCGCCCUCGCUCUAUGGGAAGCGCUUCACCACGGCCCACCUCAUCACGGGCUCCGCGGGGUCCUCGCUCUGCUCGCUCAGCUCCAGCCUCCACGAAGGGCACUCGCACCCGGCCGGCUCCCCUCUCUUCUUCAGCCACGUGAAGAUCAAGCUUGCCGACAGCGUCCUGGAGCGCAAGCGGAUUUCCGCAGCUCGGGAGAGGAAAGCCACCAAAACCCUGGGGAUCAUUCUGGGCGCCUUCAUCGUCUGCUGGCUGCCCUUCUUCGUGGCAUCUCUGGUCCUCCCCAUCUGCAGGGACUCCUGCUGGCUCCACCCAGCCCUCUUCGACUUCUUCACCUGGCUGGGCUACUUAAACUCCCUCAUCAAUCCAAUCAUCUACACCGUGUUCAACGAAGAGUUUCGGCAAGCCUUUCAGAAAGUCGUCCAUUUCCGGAAAGCCUCCUAGUCUGUACUCGGUGGUGACUCUUGUUACCUUGUGUGUCCUGCGACCCACCCAGUUGGGACUGUCUUUUUUAUUUUUCCCGAGACUUGACUUAAUUCAUGAUAUCUUGGGUCUUGUUUCAACCAA